UCAUCUUGUUGCGUAGCCCACAAGUUCGGUGCCAGUACCAUACGACGACGUCUAUUCGACAAUUGGAGACCUUUCUUGGUGUCCUUGUACACCAUAGCUGCUAGACUCUUUGAGACUUGAGGUACCGAAGAAGCUUAAUAAUGGGAGAGGAAGAGCUAGAGCAAGAGCAAGAGCAGGUCGUGAAUCCAUGGGAGGUGUCGGCCAAAGACGGUGGGAAGAUCGAUUACGACAAGCUAAUCGACAAAUUCGGAUGCCAGAGGCUGGAUCAAUCUCUAAUCGACCGCGUCCAUCGUCUCACCGGCAGCCCUCCCCACGUCUUCCUCCGCCGAGGGGUCUUCUUCGCCCACAGGGAUUUCAAUGAGAUAUUGGACGCUUACGAGGGAGGCAAAAAGUUCUAUCUCUAUACUGGUAGAGGCCCCUCCUCUCAAUCUCUGCAUUUGGGCCAUCUCAUUCCUUUUAUGUUCACCAAAUAUUUGCAAGAGGCAUUCAAGGUUCCACUUGUUAUACAGCUUACUGAUGAUGAGAAGUGUAUGUGGAAAAAUCUCUCUGUGGAGGAGAGCAAAAGACUGGCACGUGAAAAUGCUAGAGAUAUUAUUGCUUGUGGAUUUGAUAUCACUAGAACUUUCAUUUUCCAAGAUUUUGAGUAUGUUGGUGGUUCCUUCUACAAUAACAUGGUGAAGGUUGAAAAGUGUGUCACAUAUAACAAGGUUGUGGGUAUUUUUGGUUUUUCUGGUGAAGAUCAUAUUGGGAAAGUUAGCUUCCCAGCUGUCCAGGCAGUUCCAUCUUUUCCGAGCUCAUUCCCACACCUUUUCUCGGGCAAAGAUGACCUCCGUUGCUUAAUUCCAUGUGCAAUUGACCAGGAUCCAUAUUUCAGAAUGACACGAGAUGUUGCUCCUCGGAUAGGAUAUCACAAGCCUUCAUUGAUUGAAUCCUCAUUCUUCCCUGCAUUGCAGGGGGAGACAGGAAAAAUGUCAGCCAGUGAUCCAAAUUCAGCCAUAUAUGUGACUGAUUCAGCUAAGGAAAUCAAGAACAAGAUAAACAAGCAUGCUUUUUCUGGUGGGCAAGAUUCUUUAGAGAAACACCGAAAAUAUGGAGCAAAUCUUGAGGUUGAUAUACCAAUAAAAUAUUUAAAUUUUUUCUUGGAGGAUGAUGAUGAGCUUGAACACAUAAAAAAGGAGUAUGCUGCGGGACGCGUGCUAACAGGAGAAGUGAAGAAGCGCCUUGCUGAGGUUUUGACUGAAUUGGUGGAAAGACAUCGUUUGGCACGAUCAGCUGUAACUGAUGAAAUGGUGGACGCAUUUAUGGCUGUUCGACCACUUCCCAAUAUGUUUGACUAAAGUUGAGGUAAUACAAGUGAAUGAAAGAUUUUGUCAUUGCUUUAGAAUAUUGGUAUGGGAUGUGGCAAUUUUCCAUAUUACAGGAUGUCGUUAUACUUAUUUAAUUAUAGAUAAAGGAGAUAUUUAUUACCAAUACAAUUGAGUUAUUGUUUGGUGAACUUCAAUCACCAAAGGCUUAUUUCCAUGGUUGUCGGUGAUACCAUUAAUGGGAUUGCCUUGUUACAUGUUCAUGAAAUUGAGAAUCUCAUAAAUUAAAUUAUCCUUGUUUACAUUUUA